GCUUGAACACUUGUGCCGUGGGAGGGAGAAAAGGAGCGGGAGGGGUGAGAGAGAACCAGAGGGAUGGAGAGAGAUGAGAAAAGUGCAGCACUGAUAGAUCUGAUGGCAGAUGAUGAUGAAGCCAGCAGGUGCAUGAGAGAAUAUUCCUCACUCGUAUUGGGAAGAAAAGAAGAUCUGAGUGUGUAGAGAAAGAAAAGAGGACAGUGGAGUGGAGGAGAGAAGCAGGAGGACACGCACGACUCCAAACUCAAGAGUUUCUUCAUGACUUUCUGUCCAUCACGAGCUCACUGAUGCUUUGAUUCAGUCUGAACUCACUGUCCGUUCACUCUCGGAGCGUUUGGGGCCGUUUCUCCUCUUCUGAUCUGGAAUAUACAUGCUUUUACAAGGGGAAGAAUGAAAAAACAGGUGGAACGUAGGAUAUGAAUGUGAGAUGGACAAUGUGUGUGUGUGAGGUCGAGAUGGCAGAGCUCUGGAUCCCCAUCACGAGCUGCACAAGCGCUCAUCAAAUGCUCCAGUUUGGAUAACGCACCACAACGCCACAGCACACUUGCCUCGUCUUUGUGCACACAAACACACAGACACACAACACACACACACUUUCAGAGGGCGAGGAACCCUUACAAAACGCAAGGGUCUGAGGAAACCGAAGGGCUUCUACUUUGGAUUGGACUUGUCCCAACAACACUACAACUGAACCACCCACCACCCUGGACUCGUACUACUACUAAACCGCUCCAAAAGAGAGGAAACACCAGAUCGCAAAGAUAGGAAGGCCAAGGAGUGCUAAAGAGAAUGAGCGUGGGUCGGAUCGGUCGCUACAGCAUCGUGUCGACGGAGGAGGAUGGUCUGCGCUUGACGACCAUGCACGGUGGAGGGAUGAAUGGAUAUGGCAACGGCAAGAUCCAUACUCGGCGGAAAUGUCGAAACCGCUUUGUAAAGAAAAAUGGACAAUGCAAUGUGCAGUUCACCAACAUGAACGAGAAGUCCCUGCGCUACCUGGCGGACAUAUUCACCACUUGUGUGGACAUCCGCUGGCGCUACAUGCUACUUGUUUUCACGCUAGUCUUCGUGAUUUCUUGGUUAGCGUUCGGGUUGGCGUUUUGGGUCAUUGCGCUUCUUCACGGUGAUUUGGACAACCCGGCAGGGGACGACAACUUCACGCCAUGCGUGCUACAAGUGAACGGCUUCAUUGCAGCGUUCCUGUUUUCCAUCGAGACGCAAACAACCAUCGGUUACGGUUUCCGCUGCGUGACGGAAGAGUGUCCUCUCGCUGUGUUUCUUGUGGUCUUCCAGUCCAUCGUGGGCAGCAUCAUCGACUGCUUCAUGAUUGGGGCAAUCAUGGCCAAAAUGGCACGUCCCAAGAAGCGAGCACAGACUCUACUGUUCUCUCAUAACGCCAUCAUUGCCAUGCGCGAUGGGAAACUGUACUUGAUGUGGCGGGUAGGAAACUUGCGAAAGAGCCACAUCGUUGAGGCACAUGUCCGAGCGCAGCUCAUCAAGCCGAGGGUUACGACCGAAGGCGAGUAUAUCCCCCUCGACCAGCUGGACAUUAACGUUGGUUUCGACAAAGGACUUGAUCGCAUCUUCCUCGUCUCACCAAUCACCAUCCUGCAUCAAAUCGACCAAGAGAGCCCUUUGUUUGGCAUCAGCAAGCAGGACCUAGAAACAGCGGAUUUUGAGAUUGUGGUCAUCUUGGAGGGAAUGGUGGAGGCCACAGCCAUGACGGCGCAGGCGCGAAGCUCCUACUUGGCUAGCGAAAUCCUCUGGGGCCAUCGAUUCGAGCCGGUGUUGUUCGAGGAAAAGAACCAAUACAAGGUUGACUACUCACACUUCCACAAGACGUACGAGGUGCCGUCCACACCGCACUGCAGUGCCAAGGACAUGAUGGAAAACAAGUACUUGGUGGUGCCCAGCGCCAACACCUUCUGCUACGAGAAUGAGCUGGCAAUCCUGAACCACGAAGAGGAGGACGACGUUCCAGAAGGUAUAAAGCCAGAGCGAGCAAUGAGCCUCAGCCCAGAGAGAACCCCUCGACAUGAAUUUGAACGACUGCAGAACCCUCGCUGCACGGAGCAAAGGUCAUACCGCAGGGAGUCGGAGAUAUGAACCUUUAGUACAAACUUUUUGAUACUCACAUUUUGUGUUGCAUUCCUGGAGAUACUGGAGCUUCUACAAUGCAGAACAAUGCAAAGUGCCAAACGGAGAGAGUGAGCGCGUGAAUGAGCAAAAAAAAAACUAAUGGGGGAAUGUGUGAAAGCUGGAGAGAGGCUUCGCAAGAAGAUUCGAGAAAGAGAAGGGCAGUAGGAAUCUUUUUUAUCCUGCAUGGAAAACUUGAAUCUUUUCCUCAUUUUGUUUCAUGAAAAUAGUUUAGAUGUUAAACUCUUCAUUCUUAAAGAGAUAGUUCACCCAAAAUCGAACAAUCUGUUGUCACUUACUCACCCUUGUGUCGUUCCGAAAUGGUAUGACUUUCUUUCUUCUGUGGAACAAAAAGGAAAGAUUUCAAAAAAUAAUAUAUUUGUAAAAGUACAUAUUGUAAAAAUAAAUAAACAAUUAUCUAUUUAUAAAAAAUUAUACACUUCCAUAGUAUAUAUAUAUUAGUGCUGUGAAACCAUUCAUCGCGAUUAAUCGCAUCCAAAACAA